AAAUCAAAACCAGGAGACAUUAGAAAUUUUAAUUACGGAGAUUUUUUUUAAAAGAACAUAAAAAAUUCAAGUUUAGGUUCUUGAUUUUUUUCGAAUCUGUAAAUUAAUUUUUAAUAAAUCCUUCUCUCUUACUCUGUUGAAAAGCGGAGUAGAGAGAAGGUUUAAUUUGUUUGCUGCAUUUUUUUAAUUGAAAUAAAGCUGAAUGUGUGUGAUUUGGUGAUUGAAAGAGAAAAUUAGGGUUUGGUUUGGUGGUGGAAAUAGAUUGAUUAGCCAUGAAUAUGAUGCGUAGGUUAAAGAGCAUUGCCUCUGGUCGGACUUCUACAUCGUCUGAUCCUGGCGGAGAUUCCUUUACAAAGAGAGUAAAAGUUGAUCAAGAAAUAGAGCAGAAGGCUGAUGGUGAAUUGAAUUCAGAUGAGAGAAAUGUCACAGAUAUGGAGCAAUACACGGCUUCUACAUCAUUGGAAAGUGAUGCGAGCACAUCCAACCCAUCAUCUACGGUGAAAACAGAAAAAUCAGGAUAUGAACAGCUACCCAAAGAAAUGCACGAGAUGCGGAUCAAGGAUGACAAAACCACCAACCAUGAUGAAAAGGACAUGGAGCCUACUGUUGUGAGUGGUAAUGGAACAGAAUCUGGUCAUAUAAUUUCUACUACAGUUGGCGGCCGGAAUGGACAACCGAAACAGACAAUCUCAUUUAUGGCAGAGCGUGUUGUUGGCACAGGUUCAUUUGGUGUUGUAUAUCAGGCCAAAUGCUUGGAAACUGCAGAAGCAGUUGCAAUAAAGAAAGUUCUGCAGGAUAGGAGAUACAAAAAUAGAGAACUUCAGAUCAUGCGCUUACUCAGCCAUCCAAAUGUUGUUGAACUGAAGCAUUGUUUUUUUUCCACUACUGACAAAGAUGAAUUGUAUCUCAACCUGGUUCUUGAGUAUAUAGCUGAGACUGUUCACCGAGUCUCGAGGCACUAUAGCAAGAUGAACCACCAACAUAUGCCUAUUAUAUAUGUCCAGCUAUAUGCAUAUCAGAUUUGCCGUGGUCUAAAUUACUUGCAUCAUGUGGUUGGUGUGUGUCACCGUGAUAUUAAGCCACAGAAUUUACUGGUCAAUCCUCAUACACAUCAGCUGAAGAUAUGUGAUUUUGGAAGUGCUAAGAUGCUCGUGCCAGGUGAGCCCAACAUAUCAUAUAUAUGCUCACGUUAUUAUAGGGCACCAGAGCUCAUAUUUGGGGCUGCUUCCUACACAAAUGCAAUUGAUAUGUGGUCUGCUGGUUGUGUCCUUGCUGAACUUCUCCUUGGUCAGCCUCUAUUUCCUGGGGAAAGUGGUGUUGAUCAGCUGGUGGAAAUUAUUAAGGUUUUGGGAACACCGACAAGAGAAGAAAUUAAGUGCAUGAAUCCAAAUUACACGGAAUUUAAGUUCCCUCAGAUUAAAGCUCACCCAUGGCAUAAGAUAUUUCACAAGCGAAUGCCGCCAGAAGCAGUGGAUCUUGUUUCAAGGCUGCUGCAAUACUCACCAAAUCUACGUUUUACAGCUUUGGAGGCAUGUGCUCACCCUUUCUUCGAUGAUUUGAGAGAUGCCAAUGCUUGCUUGCCCAAUGGACGGGCACUCCCUCCCUUGUUCAAUUUUACAGCUCAAGAGCUGGCUGGUGCAUCGGUUGAACUACGUCAACGUCUCAUUCCAGAGCAUGCAAGAAAAGAAGAUUUGUGAAUCUGAUAUGGUCUAUAUACAGACAUUGUAACUUAGGGUUUUGUAUGUUUAUGCACCCAAGGAAGUUUCUCUGUCUGCUCCAUUUCUCAAGGAUUGACGUUUUUUGACCUCCGCUCGGGUUGCUGAGAUAGAUGAUAGGAGAGUUUUGACAUGUUAAUGGCUGAUGGAUCACUAUCCAAAGAUCUUCUGAUAAAGAUGCAACGGAAGUAUUCAGUUGAUGGGUGAAUCGCAAUGAAGUUCCAACUUAUGCGAUUUGAUUUAUUUAAGAUAUUGUAUGUUAUAGGUCUCCAAAGAGUGUAAAAUGAGUUACAAUUAUGUUGAUCACGUUUCUUACAUAUAGUUACGGGCAUUUGUCACAAUGAGCUAAACUAAUAAUUCAGGUUAAACAAGAUGUCUCCGUACAUCUUACCAGUUC